AUGCUAUUGAGAUCCAGCUUGCUGCUAAGACAACCAAGACGGCUUCUGAUUACUGAACAAUGUAAAAUCACAUCUUCAUUGAUAAAAGCUAUUAUUCACCAGAGAAUUGGCUGUAGGUCAUUUAUUACCUCCAAUAGGCUGCUGAAUGACGAGAAACGAAAAAAUGAAGGUAGUAAGAUGGCUACUUUGAAGGUUGACAAGCCUAUGAUGAUGAUUGCGUUCACAUGUAAAAAAUGCAAUACAAGAUCAUCGCACACCAUGUCGAAACAAGCAUAUACGGGUGGGACGGUCCUGAUUAAAUGUCCAUCAUGUAACGCAAGACACCUUAUAGCAGAUCAUUUGAAAAUAUUUAGAGAUGAUAGUGUUACCAUAGAGGAUAUCCUAAAGGCCAAAGGAGAAUCCUUAUCAUCAACUACAGAUGACCUGGUAUUCGAGGAUAUACCAGAAAAUCUACGGAAUGUAAUAGGCCAUUAUGCAAAGGAUGCACCAAAAGAUCUGAGGAAGAAAUUGGACAAUGAAGUGGUGCGUGAGUUGCCAAACCCGUCAAAAGAUGCCCAAUGA